AGAAAAAAAGUGUAGGUUGGGUUUCGGUGAACACUCCUAAAUUCGGUGAAGAAUUAUCAAAUAAUUCGCUACAGGAAAACGGCCAAGUGGACAGGAGAUACGCGCCAACAUGGAUACCAACGGGGAUCGAAUAGAAAAGCUGUACAAAAACUACGAAAUCCUGAGUGACGCCAAGGAGAAAAUCACCGAGCAUGAAGCCGAGUACCGGGAAAUUCUGGAUGCCGUCAAGGGCUCCGCGAAGGAGAAACGUCUAGCGUCGCAGUUCAUCGGGAAGUUCUUCAAACACUUUCCCUCGCUGGCCAACACGGCACUCGAUCGGCAGCUCGAUCUGUGCGAUGAUGUUGACCCGCAGAUUCGACGCCAGGCGAUUAAAGAUUUGCCCCAGUUGGGCCGUGAAAGUACUGAUCAUACACCCCGGAUUGCCGACAUUCUGGCACAACUGCUUGGUUCGGAAGAUGUUUCGGAGUUGCAGCAAGUACACCAGUCUCUCAUGACACUGACUAAGUACGACGCGCUUGGAUCUUUGACGGGCAUUUUUAGCCAAAUCGGUACCGGAGACGAGACGGUACGGGACCGCUGUUUCCAGUUCAUCAACAAUAAGAUCAUGAAAAUUGGUCCAGAAAUCAUUACGAAGCCACUCGAAGACUUCAUUAUCGCUGAAAUAAAGAAAGCUCUUUCGGAGGACGUGACAGCCGAUGAAUUUCACCAGUGCAUGGCGAUCCUCGGCCAGACGAAACUCAGUAAAACGUUACCAGGACACGUUGAGCUGGUAAAAAUAGCAGCCGAGCAGGCCGAUCUGGACAACGAUCCCGGUGUCCUUGCGUCUGAUGAUGAAACAGUGGAACGUUUCAUUAAUUGUGCAACCGAGGCUAUGCCGUAUUUCUCCUCUCAGGUAGAGUCGACACGGUUCGUGAAGUUUGUGUGUGAAAAGUUCUUGCAACGGAACGUAUGGAGUCUGAUCGGUGCGGCCGAUGAGCAUCACCAAACUCAGUUGCGGCUACUGAAGGUGUUUGCUGAGAUCUGUCCUUCCUGCGGUACGCUAGAAAAAGCAUCGGAAAAAGUACAAGCCAUUUAUGAAGUGUUACUGGAGUACAUGCCACUACCACCGCUCGAUGCAGACCUGAAUGAGACACCUUCCUUUCAUUUUUCACACGCCGAAUGUCUGCUGUACGCUCUGCACACACUCGGUAAGCAAGCGACCGAGUUUCUUACGUUCCCCGACAAUCCAGCCAAACUGAAAGACUUCCGUUCGCGGCUACAGUAUCUCGCGCGUGGUACCCAGGGCUACAUCAAGAAGCUCCAGGAAGCCGUGAAGGGUAAAACGGUGGAAGAAAUGAAAUCGGAGGAAAAUCAAAUCAGAGUAACGGCUCUAAAGACAACCUCCAACAUCAGCACCCUAAUUCGCGACCUUUUCCACACGCCUCCUUCCUUUAAAUCGAACGUUCAACUAUCGUGGUUCGUACCGAAGGGAAAGAAACAGCAACAAAAGGAAGCGGAAGAGGUGAAGGCGGGUAACAAACGGCACGCGCCAAUCACCUUCGAUGCUAAUGGAAAGGCUGGUAAGGGGGCGGCGACGGGUGGUGGAGAUACGAAAGGACCGAAACAGUCCAAACCUGGCCCCGGGUCGCAAAAGAUGUACACGCCACCGUCGGGCAAGUACUCUGGCAAGAUACACAACAACCAGCAGUCGAAGAAUGGUGGUAGUGGCCGCCGUGGUUCCGUUGGAGGUAACGGGGGCGGUGGGGGUGGCGGUGGCAAUUUCCGGCGCGGUGGUAGCGGACGCAACAACGUGGGAAAAAGGAAGUAUUAGUGCGGCAAGCGGUAAGAGGAGUUACACUUCUCCCGGAAAGGAUAUCUCCAAGUGAGAAGGAGAACAGUACGAACAGUUUACGGAGAUGUGUUCUUGCUUUUCAUUUGUUUGCAUUUCCUUUCCUACAACUUUAAUAUCGCGGUACUUUCUUCGACUAAGCAUUCGUGCUAGCUCUUGACCAUGUUUUUCAUUAAAAUGAAAGCAUCUUUUACGUACAUUCAUUCAUCACAUCGUUUGUACAGCUGAACAGCUUGAUUAGAUAUAAUGGACACAUUGUCCGUUUUAAUGAUUUUUCGAUUUAUUAGAGAGCAUUAUUUAAGUCAACAGCGAUACAUGUUCUGCUGUUGUGAAGAACGUGAUGCGCCGUACUGUUGCGCAGCUAUAGCUAUAUAAUUAUUUAAGAAUCUAGGCAGACAUUGGUUUAUGAUGUUUUCGCCCGAAGCUGUAUCGCUAAAAUUCGGGAUACAGAAUGAAGUAAUGACGAUCGCUUAUUUCCUUAAAUGAAAUUUACCAAACAAACAAUGCACCGUAGUUCCUCACGCGUUUUUGAAAUACGAGUGACCUUUCCUUCUAACCAGGAUCUUCCAUAUUUUUUCCAUUCAGAACACUAGGCGCAAAAUUCUUAUCAUUCUCUUCAUCUUACCGCUACCAUAGUUAGCUUUGCUUCCACAACUUUUUCUGCACAAAACACAUCGCCCGUGAAGCUGUUCGUACUCUCCGUAUCCGAUCGCAUUUGCCGUCGUCCGACGGUUACAACAGCAACCACCACAACAACGAUAUCUCUACGGUCCUCUACAAGAUUCCCACUCUGCCCAAGCCCCCCCGUAUCCGCAGCGCUGAUGAUCCCGAAAAACGCAAGUGAAAAUUCGAUUUCCCGAACCGUGUGUAAGUGUGUAGCGUCGUAUUGCUUUACCUUUCGAUCGUGUGUGCGAUGGACGGGGUUGGAGCGGAAAAGUGCAUAAAUAGAGCAUUGCAUACCCUACGCUACAUACCCAAUAUUUAAACAUUUUACUACAAAGUGAUCGUCGAUACCUUUGGGUAGCACCAUCCUCUCUACACGGAAUGUGGUAUUCUUCGGACACAUUUGGCCAAAGCAUCGUAUCGCGAUCCUUUUACGCCGUGAGAAAUCGCAUGGCGAACGUUGCUCAUUCUUCCGUUGUGAACGAGGAUUUCGUUUCAAGGGAUACCUUCUUUGGUACUUACAUGAACAUCGGAGCUCUGUUUUAUGAGCUUGAAGUUUAGAAUUUUAACAGUUUAGUAAGUACAUUGACAUACCGUUAUCGUACCAAUAAUGGUGGUAAACCUAACGAUUAUCAUGCACAACUUUUUAAAAUUAUUCUGAAAAAUGUUUGUCCAAUUGUUUCCCUUUUGAGCUGCAACUUAGGGGCUUCUUUGGCGAAUUUGAGUGCGAUUGUGGAUUGUUCCAAUCUGCAAACCACUGCCAUUCUGGCACUCGUGUGUGGGAACAGUAUCGAUGGUUAGUAGUCUUCCCAGUCCUCGCCCCAACCAAACAAACCGUUCCGAUUCGUGCAGUACACGAUUUAUACGAAAGAGAGCUACAAUACGACAAUUAAUUAAAAUUCAAUAAUAAAAUUCUAACGAUAUGAAACAUACAUUU